UGGCGUAAGGACACUAAGGGCCGAGUGACCUACAGACACACUCUAACGCCUACUGAGAAAUUACUCCGGCUCUACGAGAGGCUCACUAAGCGGGAGAGCGCGCUGCUAGUGCAGCUGCGGACAGAGAAGAUCGGACUUAAGGACCUUCUCUUCGCCCGAAGAGUGCCAGACGUCACCAGCCCGCGCUGCGACUGCGGAGCGAGACAACUGACCGUCGCACAUAUCCUUCUCCACUGCAGCAAGCGCAGGCAUCUCCGGGACCGUAUCUUCGCCAACCUGUCUAGACGCGACAACAUCCGGACUAUCCUAAGCACGCCACAGCUAGCCACUAAAGCCAUUAAGUAUAUAGAGCAGACGCAGAUUGUUAGGCUAAAUGCGGAUCGUAGACGCGCAGAAGACAGCCGAGCGCUGAGGGGAGACUGA